ACGUAUUGGCUCCGCCUAUGGUGUCCUUUUCCAAGUUCUCGAGCUCUAACAUGUUGGAAAAAAGUGAGGUUACGUGAAAUUUGCAGUUUCAAAAUGCUGACGCUUCAGUGGCUCUAUGUCACUCAAUUGCGCCCCCUUAGUUACAAACGUAUCAUCUCUUGGUACAGUGGUUUAGUCAAGGCGAAGCCCCCCGAAGCCCCUUUCAAUCAUGUGGUCCAAAUUGGGGACCCCACAUUGAGAACAGUCUCAGAUGAGGUUCCACGAGACUUAAUAAAAUCACCCGAGAUUAAAUUUUUAAUAAAUAGGAUGAAAAACGUCAUGAAAAAACACAAUUCAGUCGGGUUAUCGGCCCCCCAAGUGGGUAUGCCCCUCCAGUUGUUCCUAAUUGAAUUCAACAAGAAACAUUUGAAUGAUUACAGCCCCCAAGAACAGAAAGUUAAAGAAAUGAAAGUUGUCCCUUUUCAGGUUGUAUUCAACCCCCAUAUAAAAAUUACAGACUAUACCAAAUUAAAUUUUGUGGAGAGUUGCACAAGUGUUAAAGGUUUUCAUGCCGAAGUGCCGCGUUACAGAAGUUUAAAACUUGUAGCAUUUGAUGAAGAAAAUCAAGAAUUUGAAAUGGAAUUGAGCGGAUGGCCUGCAAGGAUUGUCCAACAUGAAGUGGACCACCUCAAUGGCAAAAUAUACACUGAUUUAAUGAACAGGAAAAGUCUGGCGUGCAGUUGCUGGCAAGAAAUUAACGAGCGAGGUGGCAAAAUUGAGCUGCCCUAUGGCCCCCAGUAGUACUCACCUUGGAGACUGUUCUUGAAUCACUUGGGUGGGCUUAGUGCUGAUUUUUAAUAAAAUAUUGCCUAUUAUUGUUACGAA